AGGGGCCCGACCCUUAGCACUCCUACCAAACUAUAUAUAAAGUAGUUAAAACUGCUCCACCUUACCAACAGUAAGAUACACGUUGAUGCAUCAGUAUUGACAAUCUAAUAGUGUCAUAUAUAAUAAAAUAUUAGUCACACAGGACAUUGUACUGCAGAAUAAGAACUUAUACCUCUUAUUCUAAGUAGGAUUAUGUAAUUUACUCAACGAUUUUUACAUUCUUGUAGUGGUACUUUAAUUUUUUAAAGAUCUAAAUACUUCUACCUCUGUCCUUAAAUAUGUACCUUUUUGUUAUGACAUAACCUAAUUAACCUGCUUUAUAUCCUAAGUAACCUCCACACUUUGAAUUGUCCAGAUGGAUCUCAGAGGAAUGGGAGCACUGUACCAAAACCUGUGGCAGCCUGGGCUUUCAGAUCCGGACGGUUCGCUGCGUGCAGUACCUGCACGACGGUACCAACCGCUCCGUCCACAGCAAGUACUGCAGCGGGGAGAAGCCAGAGAGUCGGAGGCCCUGUAACAGAGUCCCAUGUCCUGCCCAGUGGAGGACCGGAGCGUGGUCAGAGUGCUCCGUGACCUGUGGAGAUGGGAUGGAGAGGCGUCUGGUCACUUGCCGGAUUGGAGAUCAAUGUAAUGGAGAAAAACCUGAAACUGUGAGACCGUGUAGGCCAGGACCCUGCCAUGAUGAGCCCUGUAAUGGAGACAAAUCCAUCUUCUGCCAAAUGGAGGUUCUUGCACGAUACUGCUCAAUUCCAGGCUACAACAAACUGUGCUGCGACUCCUGCAGCAAGCGCAGUGGAGCUCUGUCUCUGUUCUCAGAGGCAGCUGAGACGGAGGAGCAUGUCCGCUUUGGAUCAGCCUCCCAGCUGCUAGAGACAUUAACAGCCUCUGUAGCAGCCAACGGUACUCGCAGUGGCAAACAAGGCUCAGGCAAAGGAUCGGCCACAUCAGGCAAUGCUGCAAAACACAUCACCACACCUGGCCCGCUUAAGAAAACCCCAUCGAAGAUCACUACAGCACCAAGGCGGGUUCCACGACACAUUGGUUUCACUGGCAGGAAGCUGCAUGCUAUGGUACCCUCCCCGCUGGCAGAUCAUACUGUGGGUCAAAGGUCGAGCAGCUUGACAGAUAGUGGGUGGCCUACAGAAUAUUCUGAAGUGGAGAGAUGAAAGUGAUGCCCUUCCCCUUAAGGACUCCUAAUGUACAGUAGAUAAUCCAGCUUCAUCCUGAGUCUUUCCUGGCAAACCACAAAGAGAGAAACAGAGAAAGAAAAGUGCUGGUUCACUUUGUUGUUAAGAAUUGCCCUUCCCUUCUGUCCCUGAUAUGGACGUCAAAUAUGACUUUGACAUUUUACAGAAAGCUCCCAGAGCAUUUGAAUACUUUACUUUAUAUUGAAAGGAGAAAAUAUUACAAUUAUUUCAAGAUAAAGGGACACAGGGUCUGGAGGGAAUUUUCAUCCAUGUUGAAUGAAAAGUUUAAUAAAACACAGCUUUGGUAGUUUAAAGUGAACAAAAACAAAAUAGUCAAACGACAGAUUAAUAUGUAAAUGCAAUAAUGAAAAUAAGCAUCUAUUCUGCUACACUGGCUCCAAACUUUUAACAUCUCAGUAUUAGAAAGAAAGCUGAUUCAAAUAUAGAUAUAGAAAUAUAUACAGGAACUGGUACUGAAACACAUCUUGCACUUCAAGUCAAAAAGUCACAACACAACCUGAGCGUAGUUACAUUCACCAUGUUCACCUCCCUGUAAAAUCUCUAGACUGUCACCUUUGAGCUGGAUGGGUUUAGUUUGCUAUGAAUUUGAAGUGGAA